GCCGGCAUCGAAACAAUUCACAGUUGCAUAUGUAUGUGUGUUUUUGAUUGCCUGAAGUUUAAUCAAUUAAAGUUUUAAAUAAUAAAAGUCUGCAUUCUUCAAUGGAUCUCCCUCGUCCUCCCGAAGACAUAGAACUGCGCAACAUUAUUGACAAGUUAGCUCAAUUUGUGGCGAGAAAUGGCCCCGAAUUUGAGCAAAUGACAAAAAACAAACAACGAGAUAACCCCAAGUUUGGUUUCCUGUUUGGUGGAGAACUUUUCAACUACUACCAGUACCGUGUCACAACAGAGCAAGCAAUUAACAAGCAAAAGUUUGUCCGAGAGCAAAGUCAACCCAUGAGCUAUCCAAUCAACUAUGGCCCACCGCCUAAUACAGAACAUCCCAGUUUCAAUAGAAAUUACAACUAUGGCCCUUCUUCUGCAUGGCCUAGGGCUCACCCACAACCAUCAAUGCCCAAUCAGAUGUCAUUUCCUGGACAAAAUCCCAUCCCUCCUCAAACAGAUUUGAUUGCUUUAAAAGGUGCAAAAGAUGUACUCGUUGCCCAACAAACUCAACUGCAGGAACAGAUCAAGCAAAGUGAAAGCAACUUGGCUGCUCAACAUCAAGUGACAGUGCAACAGCAGAAAAAGCAGACAGAGGAAACAGUCAAGUUGCAACACGAAAAAGAAGUCAUGGAAAAAGCGUUGGCAAGUGGAAUGAAUUUGGCAGAGUUAGAAUUGCUUUUACUGCCUAUCAUGGAUUCUUGCACCAAAGAAUCCAUAUCUCAGGGUAAAGCUUGGAUUCUCCAUCAUGUGAUGCAGCCUCAUUCAUCCUCUGAUGCCAUAGCACAAUACCUCCUUUUCAAAACAACGCAAAGCAGUCAAUUUACCCACAAACUUCACUUGAUCUAUUUGGUCAACGACGUGUUACACCAUUGUCUCCGCAAAGGACCCGACACGCUUUUAAAGACACUCGAACAAGUUGUCGUCCACAUGUUUUCAAACACUAGUCUGUCUGCAACCGACGAGGAGCAAAACGCCAAAUUGCAAAAACUGGUCGUUUUGUGGCAAACGAAAAAUAAUUUGUUUGAGCGUGGUGUCCUGGAAAGGUUACACGCACCUUUACACAUCUGGAAUGAAUACCACAACAGUCUAGUGGCCAAAUACUCGGCAGCCGUAGCAGCUUCAACUAGCAACAUUCAGCAUACGUACGAAAACUACCGCGGCCAGCAUCAAGCCUUCGUCAAUCAUGCCAACCACCAGAUCCAGCAGCUAGAGCAACAGAAACUGCAAAUUGAAGAACAAAUUGCGGCGGCCAAUGCUUUGCAGUCUUUUAAUGCACCUCAUCACGCCAUGCCGCCGGAUUUCUUAUCUCGCCCGCCGCCAGUUGCUUCCCUUAAUGCCCCGCAAAACUACCCGUGUGAAGGAAUUGAACCAAAGGCUCCCUACUUCGACUUACCAGCGGGAUUACUCGUCCCACUGGUGAGAAUGGAAGACAGCGAGUACAAAAGCAUCGAUCCGAAAGAUAUCCGCCUUCCUGCACCGCUUCCACCGUCUGAGCGAUUGAUUGCCGCCAUUGAUUUCUUCUACAGUCCUCUCUCGCACGACCGACCACGAAACGCAGAUGGGUGGGAGCAGAUGGCUCUUUUUGAGUUUUAUAAGAACAAGGCAACUGCGAAAAAGAAGAAAGAAGAAGAUAUUGCUCAGGGAUUACGCGACAUGUCGCCGCCUCGAACUCCUAUCGAAGUUGUCGAGGAUCAUUCCCCUGAAAGAAGUGGUAAGAAUGGAAUCAGAAGUCCCGUGCGUCGAAGAUUCCGCAGUGAGUCGCCCGAGGAAGAGCAUAGAGAAGAAUCGAGGCAAGCUCGAUCACGAUCCAGAUCGCCUAGAAAUUCAACAAGACGUCGCCGAAGUCGAUCUAAUUCAGAGUCGCCCCGCCGAGCUGCACGCUCUCGUUCUCCUACACCUAGUCGUUCGGAAUCAAGAUCUAAUUCGCCCGUCGUGAUGACCGGUUUUGCGCAAAAGCGGAGCCCCACGCCACCUUCAGAAAUUGCAUCCGUGUCGUUUGCCAAAGGUUUCACGACAAAGCUGGACGAAAACAACCGAGGGCAUCAACUCUUGUGCAAAAUGGGUUGGGGAGGAGCUGGACUCGGCGCAAAUGAACAAGGCAUAGCGGAACCCAUCAAAGGAGGAGAGGUUCGCGAUCGAGUGGACCAGUUCAAAGGUGUCGGUAUCAAUAUACGUGAUCCUUUUGAAAAUUUCCGAAAAAGCAAAGGUCAGGCGUUCAUCACGAGAAUGCGCUCAAGGGCCGAAGAACGAGAAAAAGAAAAGGGCGGACCUGACGAUCCUCCAACUCCAUGAGAAUUCACUCACUCUACUUUUGCUUAACUCACGAAAUACAGUCGAUUCGUCUAUACCUUGA